AUGCCGGGCAAUAAUGAUUGCGAUCGAAAUGCACGUUGCAUCCAGAGAGGUGGCAACGAUUACGUAUGUGCUUGCCCAUCAGGAUAUCGAGACAAGAGUCCGGAUCCAAGUCGCCCCGGAAGAGUAUGCAUACCAUUGAUUCCGGAAUGCGAUAAUCCAACACUGAAUGACUGUGAUUCUCCGGAUCGUGCUAUUUGUACAGAUACCGAUGAGGGAUAUUUGUGUCGCUGCCGACAAGGCUUUCUGGAUAUCUCGCCUAAUAUCACCUCAAAACCCGGCCGUCUCUGUAAACCAUUGGAAAAUGAAUGCGCUAAAAAAACCGAUGACUGCGCGAGGGAUGGUGGAAUUUGUGAGGACACACCGGAUUCUUAUACGUGUCGCUGCGCUAUUAACUACUUGGAUGUAUCAUUCGAUCGGCAGAAUCGACCAGGCCGCAAAUGCAAACGACGUAUUGCUUUUUAUAGGCAUUUUUAGUU